UCAAGAUUAUCAGAAAAAUACCAACGAGUAAUUCUCCUGGCUUAGAUGAACACACUGUGUGUUUUGUGCCAAGGAGGAAGACAACCUCGGGUAUUCAAUUACGUUAGGCUUGCGCUGGUUUUGGCACAAUCUGUUGCCUGAUCUCACUUCAGGAGAGCUUACUUUGAAGUUGUGGACAAAUUAAAUCAACCCCUUGGAUCACAUGUGUCUCAAAGAAUGUGGUUGCCCAGUGCAAAGAACUUUGCCCUCAAGCACCACUGUCACCGUGGGAUUCCAGUUGGAUAAAUCUCAUCCAAGAGGAGAAUGGCCUCCUAUGUUUUGCAGAUAGCUGGUUUGGUGUUUGGUGGUAUUGGCAUGAUAGGCACAGUGGCUGUUACCAUCAUGCCUCAGUGGAGAGUGUCGGCCUUCAUUGGGAGCAACAUCGUGGUGUUUGAAAACAUCUGGGAAGGACUUUGGAUGAAUUGCAUACGACAUGCCAACAUCAGAAUGCAAUGCAAAGUCUAUGAUUCUCUGCUCGCCCUUUCUCCGGACCUACAGGCAGCCAGAGGACUGAUGUGCGCUGCUUCUGUGCUGUCCUUCUUGGCUUUCAUGACUGCCAUCCUAGGCAUGAAGUGUACCAGAGUUACUGGGGAUGAUGAAAGUGUGAAGAGUCGCAUCCUGCUGACGGCUGGAAUCCUCUUCAUCAUCACAGGCGUUGUGGUGCUCAUCCCUGUGUCCUGGGUGGCUAACUCCAUCAUUCGAAACUUCUACAACCCUGUAGUGAACCCUGGCCAGAAACGUGAGCUUGGAGAAGCCCUCUACAUAGGCUGGACCACAGCGCUGGUGCUGAUUGCUUCAGGGGCACUGUUCUCUUGUGUUUUUUGUUGCACUGAAAAGAACAGCAGUUACAGAUACUCAAUACCGUCUCAUCGAACAACCCAGAGGAGUUUUCAUGUGGAAAAGAAGUCACCGAGCAUAUAUUCCAAAAGUCAGUAUGUGUAGUAUUGCUGUAUUUUUUUAACUAUGUAUGAAACCAUGCAAAUGACUGAAAUGUCUACUGCUUUCUACAAGUAGGACUCAAAGGCUCGUUAAUCUGGCGUCCUUAACUGCCUAAAUUAAGGAACCACAUACCAUGUAUUUAUGAUUCUAUAAAUUCUAUUUCAGCAGAAUGAGAUAUUAUAGACAAUACUUUGAUUGUUCCAGGCAGUAUGGGAAUGUGUUUUGUAAAAUGGUCUGUGCAUCUACUCCUUGUAUUAGUGACUUCAAAUUACUUUGCUAAAGAAUGUUAUUUUACAACUGUGAUCUCUCUGUGUCAUGGCAUUAUGUAUGGAGAUGAGCAUGACAUUUAUAUCUCACAAAAAUAGAGACAAGCUUAUAGGAUUUGAUUUAAAAUGAAAUACUGAUCCAUUACGCUAAAUAAAUAGAAAUCAGCUAUUGCUUUUCAAGGGAACCAAGGAUGGGAUUGAAGAAGGCUAAUGUUAAUUGUUUAAAAACAGCUUAAGGAUUAAUGCACUCCAUUUAUAAUGAAGGUUAGGAGGAAGGCUUUAAUCAGGAGUAUAAAGAAAAGUAAAUGGCUUUCUGAUAUCCUUUUUCUUUUUAGCCGAGGAGUUAAAAUCCUAACUCCUUUAUCCUCUUUUUCAGGAAGAUUUAAUUUCUUGUAUAUUAAAUUGAAAUCUUUUUAAAAGGAGAUAUUUCCUCAAGAAGCAUUAGAUUCAAGCUACUUUUCCAGUAUGAAAAAAAAAAAGAAA